UGUAGUAUCCAGAGCCGUAAAUCUAGCUAAAUUACAAAAGUUGUUGAUGUUUAUUGUUUACUGUUUGAGUGUAAAUUUGAUUUUGGGUUGGAGUAAUAUUGUUCUGUGUUUUGGGUCCUCCACCCUAAUUUAGCCAGAUUUUGAAACAAAAUGAAGGACUCGAAAUCAGCUCAAACCAAAAUAGAAGAUUUAAAUGAGCUGCGAAGUUAUUUUUCUAGUCACAAUGUAGUGCGCGAAUACAUUUCUCACAGUUCUAAAGUGCAUUCCGUUGGAUGGUCUUGUGAUGGACGAAGGCUUGCUUCUGGAUCUUUUGAUAAGAGUGUCGCUAUAUUUAACUUAGAGAGGAGUAGAUUGGUACAGGAUUUUGUAUUUAGGGGUCACACAGGAUCGGUAGAUCAGCUGUGUUGGCAUGCAUCUCAUCCGGACCUUUUAAGUACAGCAAGUGGAGAUAAAUCAGUACGAAUAUGGGAUACAAGAUCACGGAAGUGUGCAGCAACAAUAACAACAAAAGGUGAAAACAUAAACAUAGCAUGGUCACCAAACGGUGCCACAAUAGCGGUGGGAAACAAAGAGGACCUGGUCUCAUUUAUAGAUGCUCGCAAUUACAAAGUUGUGACCGAAGAACAAUUUAACUUUGAAGUGAAUGAGAUCUCAUGGAAUAACACAUCGGACUUGUUCUUCUUGACAAACGGCCUCGGUUGUGUUCACAUAUUGACAUACCCAACGUUGGAGCUACAGACAGUACUGAAGGCACAUCCAGGCACGUGCAUAUGUAUCGAGCACGAUCCAACGGGACGGUACUUCGCGACAGGGUCAGCUGAUGCCUUAGUGUCACUAUGGGACGUCAAUGAGCUAGCUUGUUUGAGAGUUUUCUCUAGGUUAGAGUGGCCAGUCCGUACGCUGUCGUUCAGUUUCGAUGGCCGCCUGCUCGCGUCAGCGAGUGAAGACCACAUCAUCGAUAUCGGGGACACGGAAACAGGGGAGAAGGUAGCUGAGAUACCAGUGUCGGCAGCCACGUUCACGGUGGCGUGGCAUCCCGCACGGUAUUUGCUGGCCUUCGCGUGCGAGGAUAAGGAGCCCCCGGAACGUAAACGCGACGCUGGCAACCUCAAGCUGUGGGGGCUGAGUAACGCGUAGUCCUGCCCGCCACUGGCAUAACUGACGUGCAACAGGGGGGGGGGGAUAUGGUUGC